UGUUUUUAUUCCGCUUUAGGAAGUCCAAAGUUUUGCCGUGAUGAUAAGGCGGUUUGUUCGUUAAUAGUAUAUCAAAAUAAAAAGGAUAAUUUAAAGAUUUGUAAUACAAGAAUGACCAUCAACGCAGACAGCAAAGCGGUUCGGCUUUUACUAUACUGUUGUCGGUUACGAUUCCGCCGGUAUCCAGCAUUCUACUUUCCGGUGUUCGUAUUUCUGCAGGCAUUACAGAAGCUUAGUUACGAUUUGAAACUACGCUGCAUACAUUUUCGUAUUCUUCCAAUGCCGAAUCUGCUAUUCGAACGGCACCAACAGGGUCGACUGGUUCGAUCGGAACAUACCCUGUUCGUUAGUCGCUCCGUUUUCAACCAGUACGUUGUCGAGCGUGAAAUUAACUGGAUCAAUCUGCUGGUACGGGCUGUUGGAGCAACCGGGAAUGUUCAAAGAAAACCCGAAGGCGAUAAUGGACUGACGUCGAUGAUUCUAAAUAAACAACCCAUUUCUGUCCUGUUCCAAGUGAUGCCUUUGACAUCGAUUGCACCCAAUGUAAUUUACGUGAAAGAGAAUCUGUACUAUGAACUGGCCGAGCGGUACAAGCUUGGCACUAACGGUUACGGUGGAAUGCUUCAACGAUUGCCGGAACAGCAGCAUCUCCCUCAGGUGGCCAGUAAAGCAAAUGUGUUCAUAUAUAACACGCCGUACGACAUGUCGACCGAUAUGGUGGACUUUAUAAUGGGUAAAUACUUUGAAACUCCUCGGCUGUUGUACCGAAAUCACACCUAUCAAAUUGCACUGAACGAGCAAUUUCUGGGAAAUACUUUCUACACUAAGAACUUUGCUAUUUUUGCUCACUUAAAAUCACUCUAUUUCAAGUGCUUAAACCUAGAAUCUACGGGUAAUAGUUUCGAAUUGUACGGAAUUGUUUGCAAAAGUUUGACCAGUUUGCAUCAGACAACGACGUUGAAUAAUUUCGUACCACGACAGCGACUAGACGAUGUGAAUUUUCUACCAAUAUGUCCGUUUGGGUUGAAAAAAUAUCACGACGAGUUGACUGCCUCGUUGAAGGCCUAUCUGAGGCAGGACAAUAACUCCCUGGUAGAGCAUCAGAUUUAUCCCGUGUUCAUGUUGAAAGGAGAACGGGGCAUCGGAAAGUCCAGCGUGCUCCGAUCGGUGGCGCAAUCGUUGGGGAUUCAAAUUUUCUACGCAGAUUGCAGCGACAUUAUGACGUCGAUUUCAUCGCAAACCGAGAGUAAACUGAUCACCGCCUUGAACCGGUCCAAACUGUGCAAACCGUUGAUAAUUGCGUUGCAAAAUUUCGAAAUAUUCGGUAUAGACAAUGAGGGUCAUGAAGAUUUGCGAAUUUUGGUUGCCUUUCAGGCGGAACUGCAUGCACUGUUCGGUCGAAAAUACUUUCCUCCGGUUGUGAUCGUUGCGUUGGCUAACGAGAAAACCUCCGAGAAGCAUAGGUUGAAUAGUUUGUUUCUGGAUGUGGUCAGUUUUCAGUCUCCCACCGUUGAGGAACGAUUUCAACUGCUAAGAUGGAUAGCAGCUCGGGAGUCGGGGAUAACGGUUUUACCUGCAGCUCAGUUGAAAAAAAUCGCCGAACAAACGCAGGGUUUUAUUUUCGGCGAUUUGAAGUUACUGCACACAAAGGCACUUCAACAGACUACGUCUGGGGCGUUGAAUUAUGGUCACUUCGAAAAGGCAUUGGAGGAAAUGCAGGCUUCCUUUUCCGAUAGUUUGGGAGCUCCAAAGGUGCCGACGGUUUUGUGGUCCGAAAUAGGAGGUUUGGCAAAGUUGAAGACUGAAAUUCAGAACAGUAUCGGGCUACCGUUGCGACAUAAGAAGCUGAUGGGAAAGCAUUUGCGUCGCUCCGGAAUACUGCUGUACGGUCCGCCCGGUACGGGGAAGACACUGAUUGCCAAAGCCGUUGCUACCGAGUGCAAUUUGAGUUUCCUGUCGGUGCAAGGCCCCGAACUGCUGAACAUGUACGUUGGUCAGAGCGAGCAGAACGUGAGGGAAGUGUUUUCCAGGGCACGGUCGGCAGCGCCUUGUGUGCUGUUCCUGGAUGAGCUAGAUUCUCUAGCUCCCAAUCGGGGAGUAUCGGGCGAUUCGGGUGGCGUUAUGGACCGUGUCGUUUCGCAGAUGUUAAGCGAAAUGGACGGAAUUUGCAAGGGAGCCGACCCUAGCCAGCAAGUUUUCAUUCUAGCAGCGACAAACCGGCCGGAUUUGAUUGAUCCGGCACUUUUACGACCGGGUCGUUUCGACAAAUUGCUGUACGUUGGACCAAGUUCCUCAAUCGAGGACAAGGAAAGUGUUCUGCAGGCCAUAACCAACCGGUUUCAUCUGGCCAAAGAACUUACGCUGAGAAAAAUUGCCGAAGGUCUCAAACAGGAUAUGACCGGAGCGGAUUUGUAUUCAAUCUGUUCGAAUGCGUGGCUGAGUGCGGUUCGACGGGCAAUACGCGGUACCAGCAAAGAAGAAAAUAUCGAUGAUAAACUCGGACCAGAGGAUGUGGUGGUUAAUGAGAGCGAUUUCAAAGCAGCCAUGAAAAAGUUUAUCCCUUCGAUAAAUCCAGCCGAUAUGGAAUAUUUUAAUAAGUUAAGGACAAACUAUAGUGCGUGAUUGGUGUGUGGUGCUAGGUAGAGCCAAAUGCAAACUGGCAGUUUUAGUGAUGGCCGAUUGAAAAAGUAGUCGAUUGGUUCGCACGAUAAUUCGGUGUAGAAAAUCGAACAUAUAGAGACAAAGUCAGAGAAAAUUAAUUUGAAAAAUCGGUUACCACUAACUGAGAUUUUUUCGGGUACAAAUACGUGUUUUUAUUGUAUAGAAGAUUGU